AUGAAUGUGAAAUGUGAAUAUCUUAAUCCGGGAGGAUCAAUUAAAGAUCGAAUAGCAUACCGAAUGGUUCAAAUGGCAGAAGAAAAAGGCAUAUUAAAGCCUGGAAUGACGAUAAUAGAGCCAACAUCAGGAAAUACUGGGAUUGGUUUGGCGAUGGCAUCCGCGGUCAAAGGUUACAGAUGCAUUAUUGUUAUGCCACAGAAAAUGAGCCGUGAAAAGGAAGAUAUUUUAUUAGCUUUGGGAGCUCAGGUAGUGCGCACCCCAACAGAAGCAGCUUUUACUGAUCCAGAAUCUCACAUUGGUGUUGCUAUUCGAUUGCAAAGAGAACUUCCUAAUGCCAUCAUUUUAGAUCAAGUCAAUAUUAUUCAUACACAGCACAUAAUUAAGUUCAUUUUUGAACGCAGUCAUUCUGCUCAAAUUCCAUCAUUGCAGUACGUAAAUAUCGCGAAUCCCCUCGAACAUUACGACAAAACAGCAGAAGAAAUACUUUAUGCCUUAGAUGAUAAUAUAGACAUGUUUGUGGGUUGCGCAGGAACAGGUGGAACAGUUAGCGGAGUUGGCCAUAAAUUGAAAGAAGUGUGCCCAAGGUGUAAGAUUGUUGCCAUUGAUCCAGUUGGUUCAAUUCUUGCUGAUCCUGAAAAUGAUAAACCGUCAGUUUACGAAGUGGAAGGAAUUGGAUAUGAUUUUGUGCCUUCUGUAUUAGAUCGUGAUGUAGUUGAUCAAUGGAUGAAAAGCAGUGAUAAAGAAUCAUUCGAGAUGUCUCGUUUAUUGGCAAGACGUGAAGGGAUAUUAUGUGGUGGCAGCUCGGGUUCUGCUGUCUAUUAUGGCUUGAAGGCUGCCAAGGACCUUAAUGAAAAUCAAAAAGUCGUCAUUAUUCUACCAGAUGGAAUCACUAAUUACAUGUAA